AUGCACGAAUGUCGUGAUAGUCGUGAUGAUCAUUUUGCGCACUGUCGUAUUCGCAUGCCUGGAAAUGCGUUUCCAGGAUAUGGAGGUCGCUCUCAGUUCGAUGACAAUUUCCAAGGUGACGAGGACACAGAUGAAGCAAUUCUGCAGCAUCUUCAGAACCUUGACCGCGCAAUGGGAGAACGUAUGGAUUUUAUGAAGAGGAGUGUACACAACAGUCUCUGCCAUGCUGAGAGCGUUGGAAUGUUUAACAGAGUUUUUACAGAGCAAAUCCAGUCGAGGGCUGAAAGAAACGGCAUUCAGUCGGCCUCUGAGACAGGGGAAGAGUUAAUUGACGAAGACGCACCUCAUCAGGAAGCUAUUUGGUUUAGCGAAUACGAGAAACGGCAUACUCUGUUGAAAAAUAGUGCAAUGGUUAACACUGUUCCAGAACCUUCUCCUUCUAAGCAUGGUUCUUCAUCUACCGCCAAUGUCAAUGAUGGCAGUGCAUUUCACGAAGCUUUCAACAAUCCGAUAGUUUUACCUCCUUCAUUUCAGCAAGACAUUCCUGCAACCGAUGCAGACAAGGAAGUAGAUGUUGACACAUUGAUUCAAAGUACACGCUGA